AAAAAUGAAAGAAGUGAUCUGAUUGGUUGCUAUGGGCAACUCAGCAACUUUUCCUCUGGACAGAUAUUAAGAGAUCCACAUGGCGGUCUUAUCCGGACGGAGAAGAAAAGGAAAGAGGACGCUGCUGAUACGCUGAGGACGCUGAUGAAAAUACGUAAUUAUCAGUCACCAUGACGCUCCUGUCUUAUCUGCUCCUGUUUGCUGCCAUUUACAUCCAGGUUGUCAGAAGUCACCAGAACCCAGGCUCCAGACGAUUAAGACUAUUAGUUCUUGCUGAGGAUCGGCUACAGAUGAAAUGGAGGGAGGCUGAAGGACUCAGCAAUGGAUACAAGGUCCUAGUUAAGCCACUGACAGGGGACCCAGAGCAGGAGGUAAUGCUAAAAACCAAGACCCCCAAAGUGACAGUAGGUGGUCUAGACCCUGGAAAGGAAUAUAUUCUCCAGAUACAUGUGAUCCAGGGGGAGAAUGACACGCUCAUAGCCAAAAAGAGAUUUAUCAUAGAUGAUUUGAAAGCUCAAAUCAAAAGUGAGAAGAAACUGGAAGUAACGCCAACUCCUGGGACCCCUGAGAUGAACUCUCCUCCACCUGCAGGGACCACCACAUCUGAGACAGAGAGGACAACAGACAGCGAUUCUCUGGUCACUCUAAGCACCAAACCACAGGGACCCGAUGUGAAGAGAUAUAACUUUCCAAAUGCAACCAUGGCUCCCAGACCUACUCAAAAGAUUUCCUCUAAGAUGGAAAGAGAAGUUCCUGCUACACCUGGUACCCCGCGAAGAGGACCAAUGCACCAUUGUGACACUGCACUCGAGUGGGACAUCAUUCUACUUGUGGACAGUUCUUGGAGUGUAGGACGCACUAACUUCAGACUUGUGAAAAACUUCCUCUGGGGAAUACUCAUUCCCCUGCACAUUUCCCGGGACAAGAUUCGUGUUGGCCUCUCUCAGUACAGCAGAGAGCCACAGACAGAGUGGGACCUGAAUUCAUUCACUACUAAAGCUGAAGUCUUAGAAGCCAUAAAGAGAGUGAAAUACAAAGGAGGGAACACUUUUACCGGUAUGGCUCUUAUCCACGUCUUGGAGGAAAAUCUUAGAGCAGCUUCAGGGGCUCGGCCUUCGGCAGGAAAGGUGUUAAUCCUAUUGACCGAUGGGAAGUCCCAAGAUGAUGCAAUUACUAUUUCCAAAAGUCUGAAACAAUCAGGAAUCUACAUAUUUGCCAUUGGGGUUAAGAAUGCAGAUGAGUCCGAGUUGAGAGAAAUAGCAUCGGAGCCCACGGAGCUGACUCUGCACAUGGUGCCUGACUUCCCAAUGCUUAGCUCCUUGGUGGGGGAUGUGUCUCGAGCUCUCUGCAUGAGACUGAAGGAGAGGAGGAGGGAAGCAAUUCUUGGGUCGUGGAAUAUUACUGGAACUAUUGACCCCCAUCCUAGCCCUACACAUUUAGUGGUCUCUGAUGUAACAUCUAAGAGCAUGAGGGUCUCCUGGACUCCUCCUCAACAGCCUGUCAGGAAGUAUCGUAUAGUUUACUACCCAUCACGAGGUGGAACCCCUCAAGAGGUAGUGUUAGAUGGAGACUCUUCCUCUGUUGUUCUGGUGAACCUGACAUCUCGUACGGACUACCUGGUGUCCGUGUUUCCCAUUUAUGUCAGCGGUGUUGGUGCAGGACUUCGUGGGAUCACUUCAACCUUACCACUGACUGCCCCCUCUGCUCUUACUGUGGAUCAAGUAACAGAUUCAUCCAUUCAGUUACACUGGCAGCCAUCGGAGGGCGCCAUUCACUACCUAGUGACCUUCUCUACAGACACAGAUCAUGGUCUGGAGGUGACAGAGAAUAAAGUGGAUGAUACAAAGUUCUCUCUGUCUGGAUUAUGGCCGAACACCCUAUAUAGUAUUAAUGUGGUGGCGGUGUCUGGGGACAAGUCCAGUGACCCGGUCACAAUUCGGCAAAGGACAGAACCAAUUCCCCGAAACCUGGACUUCACCAAUGUUACACACAGCACUGUCACCAUCAGCUGGGAAAAGAUGGCAGAUGACGGACCCAUCCAGCUUGUCUCAUAUACUCCUCACAUAGAGGGCGCCAGUCACGGAGAGAUCGAAGUCUCAGGUGAAAGCUCUUCUGUGAUCUUGACAUCGUUGACCUCGCAGACUCUUUACACUGUCACUGUCACUUUCCUGCAUGCAGGUCCAAAGACCUUGUCUGUAGUUACCGGGAACUUCACAACUUUAAAAGUUCCGCCCCCUAGUGCAGUGGCAGUGGUCGAUCUCUCUGGGGACAAGGCAACAGUGUCGUGGGACCUUGGAGCGGAUGAUGUAGAUUCGUAUCUUAUCAAGUGGAUCCCGCUAAGCGGUGGACGAUUAAACCAGAUGUCCACCACGGGAAGAGAGCACACAGCCGUCCUGUAUGAUAUGGAGUAUAGUACAGAAUACCAAGUAUCAAUAUCCUCACGCUACAUGGAUGGAUCCCAGAGCGAUGCGUCUUCUGUGCGCUACAGUACAGGAGACAAUCCUAGGAAAAUGCCUGUGGCCCGCGGUGGGUUCGUGCUGACCCGAAUGGGUGAGUUGUGUCCCAUGAUUGAAGAUGGAGGACUAGAUGGCGCAUUUCAUGGAUACCACAUGAUGGCAGCAUUUGGCUUGGAUGAGGAGCACUACUCUUCAAUCAGAGGUGUCUCCCUUGGUGCCUUUGUUUUAGGGGGGUCCAGGAUCUAUACAAUUGCUGAGAAUGUCCAGCUGACCCUAUGGACCAGAGAAGUUCAUCCUAAUGGAUUUCCCACAGAACACAGCUUGAGCUUCCUUCUUCGACUGCCACCAAAUGCAGCCCAUGAACCCUUUGCUGUGUGGCAGAUAACAGAUGAAGAUUUCCAGCCCGUCCUGGGGAUCAUUCUGGACCCUAUUAACCAGUCUGUGACAUACUUUCACCCUGACAUUGAUGGAAGAUUACAGGAAUUGACCUUUGAUCAGGAAGACGUCAAGAAGAUCUUCUAUGGAAGUUUCCAUAAGGUACAAUUGGCUUUUAGCAAAGAAAAUAUCAAGCUCCAUGUGGAUUGCCAGAUGGUGGCCGAGAAGACAGUCAAGACCAUGGGGAAGGUGACCACCUUGGGGUUUGAGAUGUUGGGCAAAUUAACAAGAACAAGAGGUCCAAGGAGCGGCUCCUCAGCAAUGGAGCUCCAGUCAUUCUUUAUAUUUUGCACUUCUGAGAUUCCAGAAGGAGACGGAUGCUGUGAUGUCCCAGCCAAGAGGGAUAAGAACAGCUGUCCAGCACCACCAUCUGCCUGCACCUGCACAUCGGAAAUUCAAGGGCCCCAAGGGCCUCCUGGACCUCCUGGACCACCUGGGCCUCGAGGACCCAAAGGGGAACAAGGUGAAGAUGGAACGUUGGGUGAGGCGGGAGUAGCUGGACAGAAGGGUCCAGAGGGUCUCGGAGGGCGCAUGGGAUCUCCUGGAGCUCGUGGGAUGAUGGUUACUGGACCAAUGGGCCCUCCAGGUAUGAAAGGUGAAAAGGGGGACAUAGGAAGUCCUGGACUUCAGGGUCCCCCUGGACCAGAGGGAAUGCCAGGAAGAGAUGGGAUGAUGGGACCCAAGGGUGUACGAGGUGUGGAAGGGAUGUCUGGAAUGCCAGGACCACCUGGGCCUCGGGGUUUACAAGGCCAGCAUGGUUUAACAGGCAGCCCCGGUGAGAAGGGACCAGUUGGUGAUGUUGGGCCCACGGGUCUUCCGGGCACCCGCGGAGAGAAGGGCGAGAAGGGGGAACCUCAAUCCGUCGCCACAAUUUAUCACUUGGUGCACCAGGUGUGCGAGAGGCUAAUCCAAGCUCACUUGAUAAAGUUGGAUGCAGUGCUUAGAGAACAAGAUAUACAACCAGUUCCUCUUUGGGACACAGAAUUAAAGAUUGGGGAACCAGGUGCACCAGGACCUCCAGGUCCACCAGGUGAACAAGGAGAACCAGGUGUUGAUGGGGCAUCAGGACAACCAGCUAGGAACGGAUACCCAGGGACACGAGGACCUAAAGGAUAUCACGGAGAAAAGGGUGCUCCAGGACAAGGCAGAGAAGGACCCUCAGGACCUCCAGGAGUGAUAGGUCCUCCAGGAAUAGAAAGUUUUGGAAAUCCUGGACCUACGGGUUCCCCUGGGGUUCCUGGUCCUCCUGGAGCUACUGGGAUUCCUGGCCAUCAUGGAACUCCUGGAACACCAGGAGUCUGUCAUUCAUCUCCAUGUUUUGCAGCUGCUCGGGACCCAAACUUCAUCCCCUGAACCCACUGUGUCACUAUCAGGAAUUGAGGAAUAGGACAUUUGUAUCAAGGAGAUCCAUCGCGGACCAAGAAAUCAUCCUUGUUGUUGGGAGUUUAGUCUUUAUGUGAAUUUUACAAUAAAUUAUAACCUUAUUGGGUUUAGGUACAUUGACCACAACUGACAUGAAAACAGGACCAAAGAAUAAUCUAAUGUGAUUAGAGGGAUAAUGUGAUAAAGAAUAAUCUAAUAAGCAAAACCUUCCUGCUUUCUUUUACAAAGUCCACCACACCUGUCCAGUUUGUUGCACCACACUUGUUCAAUGGAAGUGAGCGGAUCUGCAAUACCAUACGCAACCUGUGGAGAGGAGUGGCACUGUUUUUGGGAAGCAAGCAGAUCAAUUCAGUAGAACUUCUUUAAGAAAAAGAGGGCAUUUCUUCUGUUUAUAGAUAUGUAUUGUCAACCUACUUUCAUUUUUUUACAUAAUCAUGCCUAUAUAUUUAUAUUAUGUACUUAACAAUGUGUAUAUUGUUUUACUGCAGUGAUCAUGAUUUAAGGCACUAAAAAGGAAUGUCAGAGGUUUGUUAGUAUGACUGCUGCCCAAUUCUGGGAUAUUCCAUGGUUGAUAAAGUGGCCUACAGG